CGUCGAAAUAUUCUACAGUAAAUUGAUGUAAAAAUCGGGUAUUUAAAUGGUUUUUGUGGUGUGUAGUGACUAAAAUAACUUCUUAAUGCCAUACAAAGUGAUUAUUCAGUGAUAUUAAGUUUUUAUAGUGUUUAUUCGAGUUCGAAAACGGUGGUUUUGCAAGUGUAAUGUUUUAAUGGUAUAAAAUAUGACUUCUACGAAUAUACAGGAUAACAAAACGUAUAAUUUUAAAGCAGAGGAAAAUAUCGCGAAAUGGAAAGGUUUACUGACAGCCCCCCUGAAAAAAGUUUUGGAACAGGUCCAUCCCUCAUUAGGGGCAAGGGACGAUGCCCUGGAGCUAGUAGAAAGUCUUUGCUUAAAAUUACUGGGAAUGUUAUGUGCAUCUGGCCCACACACUGUACAGGAUGUUGAAAAUCGUGUACAAAGCACAUUUCCAAACCCAAUUGACAAAUGGGCUCUAAAAGAAGCCCAGGAAGCCUUGGAUAACAAGGGAAAGAAAAAACACGUUCUUCUUUUACCAGUGGACAAAAUUCACAAGUUGUUGCAAAAUGAAUUAUUACUGUAUAAAGUUGAUACAACAGUCACCUUAUUCCUUGUGGCAGUUGUUGAGUAUAUUUCAGCAGAUAUUUUAAAACUGGUUGGAAACUACGCAAAAAAUAUUAACCACUUGGAAAUAACCUACCAGGAUGUCCAAAUAUCCAUGAAAGUGGACAAGGCCUUGAUGGAUCUGUUCUAUCAAGACGAAGGCGGGGGAGUGGGCACGGAACGGGAAACGCCCAUGGUGGUACCGUCAGCGCCCAGAACAAGUCUCACCUACGAAGAAAUAGUGCGCGAACUGAUAGCUAGCGAGAAAGCUUAUUUGAAGGAGCUGCACAUGCUGAUAAAAGUUUUUCGCGAGGAGAUCAUCAAGUUGGGUUCCGAUGCCAGGGAGAUCGAGCUGAUUUUUUCCAACAUCAUGGACAUUUACGAGUUGACGUACACGUUGUCUGGGAGUUUGGAGGACGUUAUCGAGAUUGCGCAGGACCAGACGCCCUACAUUGGGAGUUGCUUUGAAGAACUCGCCGAAGCAGCCGAAUUCGACGUCUACAUAAAAUACGCCCGCGACGUGUCGGCGCCCUCGUGCAGGGACACCCUCAACAACCUGCUUUCGCGGCCCGAGGUGGAAUCGACUUUAAACACCGCCGGCCAGGGCAUGCGCCUCGCCCUCAAGUACUAUCUACCCGCCCUUCUGAUGGGCCCCAUCUGGCACUGCUUCUCCUACCUGGACUACAUCAAGCUGCUGAUCGGGCUGAGUCCCGCCCUGGAGGACAAGGAGAUCCUCACGCAGGUGGAGGGGCUGCUGAAGCCGCUGCAGUUGGAGCUGAGUCGGUGCGCCCCCACUCACGUUCUGCCUAGGAGCUCGGCCCCCCUUCCGCAGGUCAGGGCGAGGAGACAGGCGGCCCUCACGAAAAUCAACGAGUUGGAGACCAAGGUGGAGAAUUGGGAUGGGAGGGAUUUGGGGCAGUGCUGCAAUGAGUUUGUCAGGGAGGGCGUGCUGCAGAAGGUGGCCAGCUCGGGCAAACGCCUCACCGAACGUCGAAUCUACCUCUUCGACGGGCUGAUGGUGCUGUGCAAGCCGUCGUCGCGCCGCCAGUCCUCCGCGCACCACCCCAACAACCUCGAGUGCAAGGUCAAGGAGCGGCUCUUCAUCCGCAAGGUGGAGAUCGUCGACCACGCCGACACCGAGGACCUGAGGAACGCGUUCGAGAUCUCGCCGAGGCACGUGCCGCCCCCGUCCGUGGUGCUGUGCGCCAGCACCGUCGAGGAGAAGAACUCGUGGAUGGCGGAUUUAGUGAUGCUCAACACGAGGUCGAUGCUGGAGCGGAUCUUGGACAGCAUCCUGUCGGAUAUCGAGCGGAAGCACCCGCUCAAGCUGCCGCCUCCCGAGCUGUACAGGUUCGCCGAGCCGGAUUCCAAGGAUAACAUCGUUCUGGAGCAGCGGGAGAACGGCGGGGUGCCCCUCAUCAAGGGCGCGACUCUCUGCAAACUGGUUGAAAGACUGACGUACCACAUUUACGCGGAUCCGAAGUUCGUGCGGACGUUCCUCACCACGUACCGGAGCUUCUGCUCGCCCAAGGAGCUGCUGAAAAUGUUAAUCGAGCGCUUCAGCAUUCCCGAGCCGUCGCUGGUGUACGAGGACUGUAACACGGACACGGAUAAGAUGCAGAAGAACAACCAGAGGGAGGACUGGAAGAAGUACAGGAAGGAGUAUUGCCAACCUGUGCAGUUUAGGGUUUUAAACGUACUAAGACACUGGGUGGAUCAUCAUUUCUACGACUUUGAAAGAGAUCAGGAUCUUUUGUUGGAACUGCAAAGAUUUCUCGACUCCAUUAAUGGCAAAAGUAUGCGAAAAUGGGUCGACAGCAUAACGAAAAUCGUUCAAAGAAAGAUGGAGAACGACCAGAGGCACAUAAAGUUCGCGUUCGAAGACCCUCCCCCGCCCAUAGAGCGCCACCUGCUGUGCAACGAGGAAGACUACGGCAUCCUGACGCUCCACCCCGUGGAAAUAGCCCGGCAACUCACCAUACUGGAGUUCGAACUGUACCGCACCAUAAAACCCUCGGAACUGGUGGGGUCCGUCUGGACGAAGAAGAACAAGGAGCUCACGAGUCCGAACCUUUUGAAAAUGAUCAAGCACACGACAAACUUUACGAGAUGGUUGGAGAAGAACAUUGUGGACACAGAAAACAUCGACGAAAGGGCGGCCAUUUUGAACAGAAUCACCGAGAUAAUGAUCGCACUGAACGAAAUCAACAAUUUCAACGGCGUUUUGGCGGUAGUUUCGGCCACUGGCUCUGCCGGAGUGCAUCGGCUGAAAUUCACGUUUCAGCGGCUUACAGAACAAAACCGCAAAGCUCUGGACGACUGCAGAUCGGACGAUCAUUUCAAAAAGUACCAGGAAAAACUGCGUUCCAUAAAUCCGCCUUGCGUUCCCUUUUUGGGGAUGUACCUGACGAAUAUUUUGCACAUUGAAGAGGGGAAUCCGGACUGUCUGCCCAACACGGAGCUGAUCAACUUUUUCAAGCGGCGAAAAGUGGCGGAGAUCACCGGAGAAAUUCAGCAGUACCAAAAUCAGCCUUAUUGUUACAGCGUGGAGCCCAAAAUUAGGAACUUCCUGGAAACACUGAACCCGUUCCCCGAUCAAAACGACACGGAGAUCUGCAACUACAUCUACAGCAAAUCGCUGGAGAUCGAGCCGAGAGACGCCAAAGUGGUGCCGAAAUUUCCGAGGAAGUGGCCGAACCUCAGCCUGAAAUCGCCCGGCAUCAAAUCGAAAACGAUCAGGAGCACGGCCAGCGCGGUCAGCAACGUCAUCAAUUCCACUCUGAACUCCACCAUCAAAAAUAACGACGAUUCCUCUUCGAAGAGCAACGACAGCUCAAAGUCCGAGAACGAUUUCAGCGUGUUUGCACCGGUUCAAAUUGGUACUGGUUCUAACAGCCCCACCCUGAGUCCUGUUUCUCCAGCAGGAUCCACUAUGAUGUCGUUUCCUGGUCACCAUACCAGGAGUUCCAGCGUGUCCUCUAUACUCCCAGUACUGAGGCCCAACAGGGCCGACCACCACAUUCCUCAGAGGACUUCGCACCCCGAGUCAGAGCUCAACAGGUGGCGGCGGUCCGAACAGCCCAGGGCCGCAUUCGCCCGCGUCUCCAGGACCGGGCUCGCAGCCGAGCAGCCCCAGACUGUUGCCGGCUUCAGCGCAGCAGCAGAGGCCCCCGUUGCCCCCGCGGCGCAGGGACAGUCCCGAGAUCAGUUCUCCUCAACAGAAACAGUCACCGGGGGCGCCACCGGUGCCGCCCCGCGUGCCCCCCCUCCCGCCGCGCAAGGAAUCCGGUUCUUCCCCGGGCGGGCACGGGGUCUCCGGAUCGUCGUCCUCGAGCAUGGGCGCCGGGGGCGGCUUCCAGUCGGCGACGUUGCCGCACAUGCACCACCACCAGCAGCCGCCGAUGUUCGCGCCCCGCCUCCACCCCACCUGCACGUCGCAGCUGCUGAAAAGGAGGACGAAUUCGGCGUCGACGCACGCGCAAGCCACUGCGCAGCAGACCAGCGGCGGAGCCAUUUACAAUGGCGGAGUCAAUGCAUCACAGCUUCACAUAAGACGCACCAGUGGCACCCACCAUGGUAUCGCGCAUGUACCCAGUCACAUUUACAAUGGCGGUAUCAACUCGCUACCUAACGUGCCAAUACAACCGCCAAACAUCUCGCCUCGGCAGCUUCCGGAAACGCCCGAACUUCCGCCGAAGCCGGCCGUACGUUCGGCCGAACCCGCGUGCGGCACCAUGUUCCGCUACCCGAGCACCACUACCAACUCUUAAGCAAAAAAAUCACCAACAAAAACGAGAAGGGAGAUCCACAGCGAAAGAGGAGAAUACCCAACCAGGGACGUGAAGUAAGUAAAAAAUAACGUACCAUGCUCCACACCUCAAAGUCCCACCACGUGACCACGUACGGAACGCAGUCUUUUGAAAAUUUGGCAUUUAAGGCUUUUCAGG